GGAUUGAGCACUAGGAACGCAGCAGGAGCCCAGUCCCGCCAAGGCUGAACCUCCCAGAAGUAGCCCAGACCGAAAUGUCAAGCAGAUUCUUGCUCCAGCUCCUGGGGUUCUGGCUAUUGCUGAGCCAGCCUUGCAGGGCGCGAGUCUCGAAGGAGUGGAUGGAUCAAGUUAUUCAGGUGUGUGGCCGUGAAUAUGCCCGUGCAUGGUUCCAAAUCUGCGGGACCUCCGCGGGAAGACUGGCUUUGAGCCAGGAGGAGCCAGCCCUGCUUGCCAGACAAACCAAUGAAGUUGUACCAUCCUUCAUCAACAAAGAUUCAGAGCCUUUCGAUAUGAGGUUGAAAUGCCUUCCAAAUUUGUCAGAGGAGCUGAGGGGAGCACAGUCUGAGGUGCCAGAGCAACAACACGCGCCUGUGCUGAGCGAUCCUGUUAGCUUGGAAGGAGUUAAGAAAACUUUCCAUGAUAAACUGGGUGAAGCAGAAGACGACAGUCCUCUAGGACUUAAAUACUUACGCUCAGAUACUCGUUCACGGAAAAAGAGGGAGUCUGGUGGAUUUCUGAGCGAGCAAUGUUGCCACAUUGGUUGUACCAGAAGGUCUAUUGCUAAAUUCUGCUGAUAUGGAGCUACGUGUGUACAACCUGAGCAUGCAUUCUCGCUGCCUGGUUGAUG